AGGUGUCCAAAAAGAGCAUGGCAGCCGCCAUCAAGUUGUAAGCGUGAAACGUUGAUUAACAUAUUUCGGGAUUAGGAAGAGAAACACCGACUUUUACGUAUAACAGUGUCUGUUUCGCACCAUACGAACAAGUCAUCAUGCAACAAGACGACGUUAUCUGGAGUAUUAUCAAUGGUUCAUUCUGCUCAUUCAAGACACAGACAAAAACACAGAAAUUUUGCAGAAAUGAAUACAAUUUGACUGGCUUGUGUACACGUUCCGCCUGUCCAUUGGCGAAUAGCCAAUAUGCCACAAUACGAGAAGAAAAUGGCAUUUGCUACCUGUACAUGAAGACGAUAGAGAGAAGCCAUUUCCCUGCGAAGCUGUGGGAAAAGGUGAAGCUUAGUCGUAGCUACCAGCGAUCGUUGGAACAGAUUGAUGAGAAUUUGCUCUACUGGCCGGGAUGGAUCCGACACAAGUGCAAGCAACGCUUCACCAAAAUCACACAGUAUCUGAUCCGCAUGAGGAAGCUGCGUCUGAAGAGACAAAAGAAACUGGUUCCAGUGCAGAAGAAGGUGGAGAGGCGAGAGAAGCGACGAGAAGAAAAAGCAUUGAUUGCAGCCAGGUUGGAUCAAGCUAUUGAGAAGGAGUUGCUGGAUAGGUUGCGCGCAGGCACUUAUGGAGACAUAUACAACUUUCCUCAACAUGCCUUUGACAAAGCAUUGAAAUCUGAAGAGAUGGAGAGCGAGAGUGAAGCUGAGGAAGAUGAGGAGAAGAAGGCAGAUGAUGAGGAUGUUGGAAAGGUAACAUAUGUGGCAGAUGAGGACUUUGAACAGAGUGAUCUUUCUGAUAUAGAGGACAUGGAGGCUGAGUCGACGUCUGAGGAAGAAGAGCAAGAGCUUGUGAAGUCAAGGAGAAAGAGACCACAAGUAGAAAUAGAAUAUGAACAGGAGUUAGAUCAACCGUCAACAUCCAAACUUAAAAUGAAAACUAAAUAGCAUCAUUAUACAAGUAUUAGGCAAACCAACAACAAUUUGUUAUGAUCUCUGAACAUAAUAAAUGUAUUUUAUAAUAUUUUAA